AAUUUGGUGCAUACGAUGACCUGUUUGCAUAACGUUACUUGAACCGGUCAGCGAACCCAUAACCAGCUUACGGGACCACUUCGUUCUGCCGAUCUCUUACGAUCUCUUUCCCAACCUCUCGCAACCAUGGCCCAGGCUCUGCCCCCGCUGCCUUACGACUAUGGCUCGCUGGAGCCGCAUGUGGAUGCCACCACCAUGAACAUCCACCACACCAAGCACCACCAGACCUACGUGAACAACCUGAACGCGGCUCUCGACAAGUUCCCCGAGCUCAAGGACCUUGGCCUGGUGGACCUGAACAAGGCCGUGGGCACCGAUAAGCUGCCUAAGGAUGUCGCCACUGUCAUCCGCAACAACGGCGGUGGCCACUACAACCACAGCUUCUUCUGGAAGGUGAUGACCAACCCCUCCAACACCAACGGCCCCAACGGCGACGUGAAGGCCGCGAUCGAGGCGUCCUUCGGCUCCGUGGACGAGAUGAAGGCCAAGUUCAACGCCGCUGCUGCUGGCCGCUUCGGCUCGGGUUGGGCCUGGCUGAGUGUCAAGCCCGACGGCUCCCUGUCGAUCGACUCCACCCCCAACCAGGACAACCCGCUGAUGACCGCGCUGCCGGACGUGGCGGGCGGCAUUCCGCUGCUGGGCCUGGACGUGUGGGAGCACGCCUACUACCUUAAGUACCAGAACCGCCGCCCCGAGUACAUCGCGGCCUGGUGGAACGUGGUCAACUGGGAGCAGGUGGCCGAGAACUACAAGGCCGCCCAGGCCGGCACCGUGCCGCUGUGAAUGGCCGCACCGCCAGCAGCCGCGGGGGCAGGGGCAGCAGCAGCAGGAGCGCCGCCGCCUCCGUCUCGGCUGUGAGGAGCGGAGCGGGGCUGCCUACCCUGUACGCUGUGCACCCUGCCGCGGCGCGGCGCAAUGGUGGGGCGUGGCUGUCAGUUUUGUUUCCCUCGUUGAAGUGGAGGCGUGGCGUCUGGCACAUGAAGAGAUAGUGCACAUGCACUUGGCAGGUUCGGUUGCAGCUGGCGAGGAACAUGAAAGUCGCGGGGCCUUGGCUGCCGUGCCGGUUUCCUUUUUGCACUUGUGUUGUUUCACCUGUUGUGUCACCAGGGAUUGCGGUGAAGAGUGUGCAUCGUUCAGGGAUAUGCGGCAUCUGCAGGAUGGUGCCGUGAUGUGGGACGGGCGGUCGGGUCCCUAAUCUGGGGGCUCUUCAGGCCUAGAGGAGGUGGUGUGUGUGGGUUUUGAUUUGCAGGUGUUGUUGGCUCAUGACCGGUGGAUCGCAGGGUGGGCGCAGGAGUGCGGUUGCUGUUGGGGUUGUUGGCAAAGGCGCGAUGUGGCGGCCUGCAGGCUGGUCGUGAGGGCUUGGUCGUGAGGGCAUGAACGUGCGCCUUCCCGCUCAUUGGGAGGCGCCCUCAGGAUGCGCGUGGUCGCGAUCUGCAAGCGCUGUAACACCCCCAACAC